GCGAGACAGAGAAUCAUUACUGCAAGUCUUUCCAUUCCCAAUUCAUUUUCGAUAGUCAAAAAAAGGGACAAAUAAAACGAAAGGAAAAUGUCGGCGUGGAGACAAGCUGGACUCAAUUAUAUCAACUACUCGCAAAUUGCUGCAAAACUCGUUCGCCAGGCACUCAAGGCCGAAUUUAAGGCUUCUGCUGCCAAACGAGAGGAAUCAAAUGUUAAGUUUACGUCAUGGAAGGAUGGAAAGCCAAUCACUGACAGACAAUAAAAACAAACGUCGAUGAUUAGACCACAUAAUCUACCACCACUCCAAGACCGUAGAAUUACUCUCCAUCAAAAACACUACAUAAAUUCAAUCCUUAAAUCGUCAUCUCACAACAGGACAAUGGGCUUUGCAGUGAACUGUAACAGACAGUAAGAACAUCUUUGAAGUCAUGUAAAAAGAAUUGUUAUAAAUAAAAUGAAUUAGUUAAAGUGUCAAACUCA